AAUAAAUAAAUAAAGAAAUCCUCCCGGCGGCCAUAGCAGUCCAGGAUCCUGUUACAAACAAGAGGGAAGAGGAUACAUAAGUUAUAAUCUCUUAAGAAGAAGAAGACGAAUUAUCCAGAAAAAAAACCGUACUCGAUCAUAACGACGACUUCUCCAUCUGGACACAAUGUCGGACAAAAGCGAGUUGAAGGCAGAGCUGGAGAGGAAGAAACAACGCCUCGCUCAGAUCAGGGAAGAAAAGAAGAGAAAAGAGGAAGAACGCAAGAAAAAAGAAAAUGAAGGACGUGGGGAAGUUGCCUCUCCACCUCAAGAUGAUUCUGAUCUGGAGAGGAAGAGAAGAGAGACUGAGGCUCUGCUGCAGAGCAUGGGCAUCACCGAUCCUUCCAUGGUUCAGCCUCUGCGUAUAGUAACAGAGGAUACAUGUUUGUUUCAUUAUUUAGUCCCCCCUCCCAUGUCUCCCUCUGCCAAAUCAGUGGGCACUCCGAGCGAAACCGGCAGCCAGGACUCGACAGAGGGCGCCACCGGAGCCAGGACACUGCACUGGGAUUCUGACCCCUCUACCCUCCUGCUGCAUUCAGACUCUCAGCAUGGACGAAGUCCUCUCAGGCUCGGCAUGGCUAAAGUAACUCAGGUGGACUUUCCUCCUCGAGAGCUCGUCUCAUACUCCAAAGAGACUCAGACGCUCGUCACCACUCAGCCUAAAGAUGUGGAAGAGGAAAUCGAGGAGGAGGAUCUGGCAACCGCUCCGGCUGCACUUGAGUCUCUGCUGGAAAACGAACCUCAAGCUGAGGAAGAGGAGGCGCCACCUCACGAGCUGACGGAGGAGGAAAAGCAGCAGAUUCUGCACACGGAGGACUUCCUGCUGUUUUUCGAUCACAGCUCUCGCAUCGUGGAGCGCGCUCUGUCCGAGCAGGUGGACGUCUGCUUUGACUACAGUGGACGAGAUCUUCAGGACAAAGACGGAGAUACCCAGGCAGGGACUAAGCUGUCUCUGAAUAGACAGUUUACAGAAGAGCGCUGGUCUAAACACAGAGUGGUCACAUGUCUGGACUGGUCACCUCAGUACCCGGAGUUGUUGGUGGCGUCCUACAGCAGUAAUGAAGAAGCUCCUCACGAGCCGGACGGUGUGGUGCUGGUGUGGAACAUGAAGUACAAGAAAACUACAGCGGAGUACGUCUUUCACUGUCAGUCGGCGGUGAUGUCAGCAGCGUUUGCACAGUUCCAUCCUAACCUGGUCGUGGGUGGGACAUACUCGGGACAGAUCGUGCUCUGGGACAAUCGCAAUAACAAGAGGACACCAGUGCAGAGGACACCACUCUCUGCCUCGGCACAUACGCACCCGGUGUACUGUGUGAGCGUAGUGGGGACUCAGAAUGCUCACAACCUCAUCAGCAUCUCUACUGAUGGAAAAAUGUGCUCCUGGAGCCUGGAUAUGCUCUCCACACCUCAGGACAGUCUAGAGCUGGUGUUUAAGCAGUCUAAACCAGUAGCAGUGACAUCCAUGGCGUUUCCUCUGGGUGACGUUAAUAACUUUGUGGUGGGCAGUGAGGACGGCACGGUCUAUACCGCAUGCAGACAUGGCAGUAAAGCGGGAAUCAGCGAGAUGUUCGAGGGUCAUCAUGGCCCAGUAACGGGGCUCGACUGCCACACGGCCACUGGACCUGUCGAUUUCUCUCACCUGUUUGUGACGUCCUCCUUCGAUUGGACUGUCAAGCUGUGGAGCACCAGGAACACUAAGCCGCUAUACUCAUUCGAGGAUAACUCUGACUACGUGUAUGAUGUCAUGUGGUCUCCUGCUCACCCUGCGCUCUUCGCCUGCGUUGACGGAGUCGGACAUCUUGACUUGUGGAAUCUUAACAACGAGACUGAGGUUCCCUCGGCGUCAGUGACAGUAGAGGGGAACCCCGCUCUAAACCGUGUGCGCUGGGCCAGUUCGGGCAGAGAGGUUGCCGUGGGCGAUUCUGAGGGCCGUGUGCACAUCUACGAUGUAGGAGAGCAGAUCGCCGUGCCCCGGCAGGACGAGUGGACACGCUUCCUUAAAACCCUCAGUGAACUCGGCGAGAACCAGGAAGAGGCGGAGGAUCUGGCAACCCAGCGUCUCGCUGCCUAAUUGGAGUUUUUCAAGCUGAAACACCCACACUGUCGGGGAAUAGCGUGGUAACAAGCAGCCACGGGAUGAUUACAAUAACCAGCAUUCAGAGGCGUGAUCACGAUAGCCGAAGCUCACACUAAUCAACUCGAAACCAUGAUAUUAUGCGGUGUGCUCGCAAACUACUCCAUUUUCCAGUAAUCUUUAUUUCCUUAUUUACAUUUUUCACCUUUUUUAGCGUGAAAUUCUCACUUGUUUCGGAUAUUUAUGAUGAUUUGCUGCUUUGUGUGCAAAAUUAGCAUGACUGUAGGAUUGAGACUAAUAUAUAACCUGGGUGAAGUCCUGGACGUGUUUAGCGGACUUGGUAAUGUUAGCUAGGUGAGCUAAAGUGUCACUCAUGUGGCUAACAUUUAUCAUUUUAUAUCGAGGGAUAACGCUUAAACGUAAGUAGGUGUGCAUAUCUUAUGAUACGCUGUAUGGACAAACGUUUGUAGACAUUUGUAUGUGCUUUUUAAACAUUCCACAUUUGCUGUUAGAAAAACCUCCACUCUUCUGGGAAGAUGUUGCACUAGAUUUUGGAAUGCGCUCAUGGAGAUUUGCGUUUAUUUGGCUACAAGGGUGUUAGUAAUAUCAGGUACCGAUGUAGGUGACGUGAGGAAGUUUAUAAGUUUAAUAGGGUUGAGGUCAGAGCUCUAUAGCAGGAGAUUCCAUGUAAAGCAGAUCUUCAUGAAGUGGUUCGGUUCUCCUAGUAAAAUUUCAACUUUGUGGUUUGGAGGACCACAAGCUUCAUUUUGGGGAAGAAUUGUAUAUAUGGCUAAAAAACAUCAGGUGUCCCAGUACUUUUGUCCAUAAAGUGUAUGUGUGUUACUGUUUUCUUUGAUGGACCAGUUUAGAUUAACACUGAAUUUCUAUACAGCACAAUGCGGGGACAAAUUGUACACACACACACACACACACACACACACACACACACACACACACAGUCUUUACACUAAUGUUCAACUAAUACCUAAAAACCACCAAGAAAUGAAAUGAAGUACGAAAGAAGCCGCACUUUUUCAAAAUGGCCGACACACUAAACACGCUUGGGGUGCGUCUCAAUUCGAUCCCUAGCUUUCUAGGUGGUCAAUCAGUACAGAGUGUACACUUGUUCAGGCACUACUUGUUAUACAGAUUGGGACACAACCUCUAACAAAUUAAAUUUCCUGAUGUGUUAGAAUAAAACCCUCAAUAGAUCAAAUGUUGACAUACAAAUCACACGUUUCUAUCACAGUCCCUCGAGCAGGAUCGUGUUUUUUAAACCUUUUUUUAUUAAUUUUUUUCAGCUGAGAAAUUUCUAGAAAAUGUUAUAAAUGCUUCCAGUAAGGGAACACAGUGAGCAUCGAUCGAACCCUUCCAGAUUGUUGCUCUGCAUUGUGGGAUUUUUCUGUAGGGACAGAAUGAAUGAUUUUUUGAUUGAGACAAAAUGGCCACCUCCCUAAUCAGUGCCCUGAUCACUGAACCAGGAAUGUGAUUGAGACGUGGACGUCAUGAAACUCUUCACGGCGGCCAUUUUGUGUUAAACAGUUCUGUGGAAGUUGUUGUUUUCUUGAGACACACGUGUAGUGAAUAGUGUGUGAUUCGAGACGAAGUCGUGAAGUAAAUAUAUAUAUGUAUAUAUAAAAAAAAUUCAAAUUUAAAAAAAAAAGGGAAAAAAUUUACUUUCAGCACAAUUUGAUCCUUUUGUUUUGACUAAAACUGAAAUUUUUUUAAGUAUCUUAAUUUAAAAUGAUUUUAAUACAUUUAGUGUAUCGGUCGGUGUUCAUUAAUGCCUCCUUCUAACCACUAAUAUUUAUAUAUUUAUAUACAUUUACUUGACUUUUUUCACAGUUAAUCCUUUCAGAGAGAAAAUAUGUAAAGGGUUUUCCGAGUUGCCUUUAGCGUGUUCAUGUGACGUCAGAAUCGUGUCACAGAAUGAGGACUGAUUUAUAAUCUGGAUUUGAGACUAAUCUUAAUUGUUACAGGGUUAAAAUGUCCAAUCAGACGUCACUGACGCGAAUAGACGAGGACUUCAUUCUGCGAUUCGAAUGCUACGUGAACACGCUAAUAGGCCGUGUUUCGAUCCUGCACUGGUUUUAAACACACCUUUUACUAUAAUAAAGGCACUUUUUACUCCA